CACUCUUCCUGUCGCAUCGCAUCCUGCACGCACAUCCGUGAAUCGGACAUCAUGGUGCCCAAAGCCUUUGAAGCAGGUUAUCCGAACACUGUCGGUUUUCGAAAGGUUGUCAAAGCUACUAUUCUCGUCAAAAAGAAGGAAGGCAUGUCCGAUGAGGCCUUCAUUGAGUACUACAACAGCGUGCAUGCUCAGCGAGCCGUUCCGAUUCUACAACGUCAUGAGAUAAUAAGUUAUAACCUUACUUACCAUCUGAAUCGCGAUAGGAAGAUGAUCCAAGACAUUAUGCACAAUAAGGCGAAGCUACUGGACUACGAUGCCAUCUGCACGUUUGUGUUUCCGAAUUACAUGGCUCUGGCUAAGUUUCUGUACGAUAAAGAUGGUGCGGAGCUCAACGGAGACCACGAGAACUUCAUGGACGACAGUCAGAUGCGGAUGAUGGUUGGCGACGAGUACAUGUUAAUCGAGAAUGGAGAGAAAGUGGGGUGAUCAGUAAUUCAUAGAAGAGGAGACUAGAGAAUCAAAAC